CUUUAUCAAAAGGCGGGAAGACGCAAUACAGCGGAAUUAGGGCAUAGUUCUUCGUUUCCCCCAAUUUGACUCCCACUCAAAAUCAACUGGAACGCAACUCGCUCAGUUACUUCUGCGUUCGAUUGAAGCUCAAAAUGUCUGGCAGAAAGGAGACCGUCCUGGACCUAGCUAAAUUUGUCGACAAGGGUGUCCAAGUAAAACUAACUGGUGGAAGGCUAGUGACCGGAACUCUUAAAGGCUAUGACCAAUUGCUCAAUCUUGUUUUGGAUGAAGCAGUAGAAUUUCUUAGGGAUCCAGAAGAUCCCCUGAAGACAACUGAUCAGACCCGUCGCCUUGGCUUAAUAGUUUGCCGAGGGACUGCUGUUAUGCUUGUUUCUCCAACAGAUGGAACAGAUGAGAUUUCCAAUCCAUUCGUUCAGCCUGAUGGGGCAUAGAUGCUUCCUCUCUAUGAGUGAGAUCAUACUUUUAGGUGAGACUUAUAAGAAAUGGUCAUUACUUCAGAACUUCUGAAAUAAUUUUCCUCUACUUUCUCUGUGACAUUAGUACCAUGGAUAGGUUCUUUAGGCUGUAGCCGCUUUUGCACCCUAUGAAAUAGUUGUGUUGUGGCAGUGAUGAGAAAUAUAAUUAAUUGUGUUAAUUCAGUUUCCCAGCCUUAACUGGAUGACAUGAUCUGGAAACCAUGUCUUUUCGUCAAA